AUGUUGUCUCACGAGCGAGCACAGCUCGCCAUGCUCGUCCGCGUUUUGGCGAUUCGCUGGAAAGCGGAUCACUGUCUCGAAGGAGAUGCAGAGGACGAGGCAGAUGCCUUUAGGAUGGCGAAGUAUCAAGUCAGAGAUUUCAUCAAGUAUAUGACCAUGAGCGACAUGGAAGAGUUGUUGUUCUUCGAAUACAACGACGACCGCAAGAAAGAUGAUGACAGCAAGAAAGACGAUGACAGCAAGAAAGACGAUGACAAGAAAAAAGAUGGUGACAAGCAGAAGACGAACACCGGCAAGAAGAAAAAUAAUCCGGCUGACAAGAGGAAGACCGACAAGAAGAGAAAGAAGCCUGCUGACAAGAAGAAGUCCGACAAGAAGAGAAAGAAGCCUGCUGACAAGAAGAAGUCCGCCAAGAAGUAG